AUACGGCCAAUAAAGCGGCUGAGGGGCGGGAGCAGCGCGCGCUGCAGACCCGGAGAAGCGGCAGACUGGCGGGGAGCCGAGGAGAGGCAGCAGCCGGUGGAGGCGCACCCCUGAAUCAGACUCCUCUCACAGAUCCGGGACGUGGUUUGGGCUGUAUUCCAUGCUCGUUCAUUAAGUCAAGCUCUUCACAGUUGGCCUUUCGUUUUGCGUUCCGACACGCCGCACUUCUCACUUGCACGACCAGAGACGAGGUCCGCUGAGAUGAAGAUGGACUCGGAGAAGUACUUACCUGAACUGAUGGCGGAGAAAAACACCUUGGACCCGUCUUUUGUCCACGCAGUGCGCCUUCUUGCUCACGAAAUUGAGAAGUACGAAGGCGACGAGCUGAGGAGAGAUGUUGAUGUGAAGAAAUACCUAGAUAUCAUCAGCAAUAAAAAUAUCAAGCUGUCGGAGAGAGUUCUCAUCCCUGUCCAACAGUAUCCAAAGUUUAAUUUUGUCGGAAAGUUACUGGGACCAAGAGGAAAUUCUAUGAAGCGAUUACAAGAAGAGACCGGAGUAAAGAUGUCCAUCCUCGGUAAAGGCUCCAUGAGAGACAAAGAAAAGGAAGAAGAGUUGAGGAAAAGCGGCGAGGCCAAAUAUGCACAUCUGAGUCAUGAUCUUCAUGUUUUAAUUGAAGUCUUUGCUCCACCUGGAGAAGCUUAUUCCCGGAUGAGUCACGCUUUAGAGGAGAUAAAGAAAUUCCUAGUUCCAGACUACAACGAUGAGAUCAGGCAGGAGCAGCUGAGGGAGCUCUCCCUGUUGAAUGGUUCGGACGACUCCAACCGAGGCAGGGCAGCACAAGGACGGAGCACACGGCCGGCGACUACAACAUCCACAAGGGUCCACAGAGGAGCAGGAAGGAGCACAGCAGCACCUCGGGCCUUGACGACGGUGACACACGGCAAACUUCCCACCACCAUUGCAACAAGGGAGGCACAAGCGCAGCGAGCCAGGGGGGCGGCAGGAAGCGCUGCAUACAGACCCCCGCUGUUAGCAGCCACACAUGAAUCAUACGACGACUAUGGCUAUGACGAUGGCUACGGAGGAGAAUAUGAUGAUGAGAGCUACGAGUCCUAUGAAGACGGUUACAGCAAUCCAUCAAAAAGUGUCUCAGAUUUUCACGAGUACGGAUACAGAACCGGGGAUGAAUCCUACAACAACUACGAAGACGAGUGGCCCACAUCCCGCCCGAAUCUCAAAGCUCCGGUUUUACGCCUGACAAGAGGGGGAUACCGAAAACAGCCCUAUGGUAGAUACUGAAGAUACAAAGGCAGUUUCUUUCUUGAAGAAACACAGAGCCACAGAGGUAGGUCAUUCAGAUAUCGAGUCGUUUGUCCUGAUCCAAUUGAGUUUGUAAUGUAUAUACAAGAAAAGCAGAAUCCAAAUGCCAUUCAUCCAGUUCAACCCAUGGUUCAGGCUCCCACAGAAUCAAUGCAAUGAAUGGAUAAAUAACAUUGCCUUGAACAAGAGAGCAUGUUUUGUGUAAGACGUCGGGCAUAUGCUUGUACUGUGAUUCGAAAACGGCUUACAUCCUCUAUCUGCAAAGAAUAGAACCAGUUUACUCUCACAAGGGCAGCUGAAGAAGACGCUAUCAGAGACAGAGUCUGUGCAGGGGCGAGGAGUCUGCGAGAUGAUGGGCAGUUGCUUUGUCUGCCUGCUUCAGUGGUAUGUCCGUCAGAAAGUGGAGAUUGAAGUUCUGUCAAUUUGAAGGCUUGAGGAACGUCUAAGGGGUCCUUUCCUGCUGGGGUUGACGCUCUUGCUGGACCCCAGAGGAGCACAGAGGAGACUUUCUCUGAAUAAAUGGGAGCAAAGUGCUCUCAUCAUCUCCAAACUACUGCUACUGGGAGGAUUUGGAAGUCCCUGCCCAGCGCCACCUCUGCUGAGCUUGACCCCUCUGUAGAGCUCGCACAGUGCAGACAUGUGCGGCAAUCCAAACUGUUGAUGACCUGGGUCACUUGACUGAUAGUUUCAUGGUAUUGAUCGGCUGUUCGUAUGCUGAAUAGACAGAUCUAUUCUUGGUUCAUCUCAAAGGCUUAUCAAUGGAGAACAACAAAAGUUUGGUUUCAGUCCACUCAACUCAGUCCACCAUUUUAGCCAACAUCAAGUGCUGAGGUUUGGCGACAAAACAUGACGUGUUUAGAUUAUGCAGAGAGGCCUCGGAAAUUCAUUCAACAAGACCAGGAAGUGAAAUGGAAGAGAAGCUGAGUCGCUGAGAUGAUAGCACCUCGGAAGGACAUGAUCUUGCUUUUGAUAUAGUUCCAUAGUGGAUAAAGGGCUGCUAUUCUGCCUCUCCAGUCCACCAUGUUGACAUUCCAUUAGACCCGCACCCAGCAGAUCGAUCCACUCUUUUUAAGUGGCUUUGGUGGCUAGUGGGUGCGAGUCGCGUUACAAGUGUCACCCGAAGCCUAGCAAGAUGAGAAGUGUCUAAAUGUUUACGCACGUUACAGACGCAAAGUUCUGCUUUAUUUGAACAUUAAUCUAAAGUAAUCUACCUAUAUACUGUAGUAGUCCCGAAUGUUGGGUCCCAAGUCAAGUGAGUACUUCCACUUUUCUGCACACAUCAAAAGAAUAAAAACUGAAAUUAUUUUAUGAGUCGGUUGGACCCUAAAAACCUUUCAAAUUGAUUUCCAUAAUAAAUUUACUGAGAGAGAAGGGAGAGAGAAGACACGGGGAGUCCGGCUCCUUGAAGAGAGCCAGAUCUUGAGGAGUGCUUUAUUUCCAAGUACUGGCUUGUUUUCGUGGCUCAUUCAAAACUUGGCAUCAUUUUAAAAAGCUAAAUUUGAAAACACUCUCCUGCAGAAUUUACUGUAUUCACUAACCCGUGAAAAUGUAAUGCAAGUGAGACACAUCUGGGACAUACUAAAUGGACCACGGAAUAUCAUCCUGCGGGCUGCAGCUGGCCCUCAGGCCAUGAGUUUGAGACCCCUGAGUUAGGCUGCCUUCAUUAUAGUAACUAGAACACAAGCCUCGGCUGGGUUCCUAAACAACAGUGCAGUGGGUGUGUGGCAUCGCGCGUGUGUAAAUACUGAGAUUCUCGUAGCUCUCUCUGAACCAGUCGAUAGGAGCAGUGCGCGUCUGCUGAGCGGUUGUGCGCCACCCACUUCUUUCCACCUCAAAAUCCACGGCUGAUAAAUAAAUGGAGAGUUUCUGAAUCACGCGUGAAUCAUGUGUGAGUCACUCCCAGAUACAGAUCGGCAUUGAAGCCCAACCAUUCAAGCCCAACCACGACAACCGUUGCUUGCUUUACAAAUUCCGAUUUCUAUACGGACGAUAGCUCAUUGAAGACAUGAAAAGCGCAGACACCCAUUUAAAGUCAAAGAAAUGAAGAACUGAAACGGCAGCAGAUUAGAAAGUAAUUAAUCAUCUGAUUCUAAAGGCAGGCCCGUGAUGUGAGGGUCCCUUGAAGGGAAGUUUGCCAAAACUCGAGUGUAAGAUUAAUUAUAAUUACGAGCAGACAGCUAGCACAAAAGCGUCUUAUCAUUUCGCUCACAGGAAAGUAGGGAUUCUCUUAUUUGCUUUUUUGGCAUCACACAGAGCUCAAUCCAGAUCCACUUCUUUCCCUAUUUGUUGUCUCACCACUGGCUGUACUCAUAUUUGGAACAAUGAAGUGUUGUCACAUGAAGAGGUGAAUGAUAAGGAAAGAGAGACUGGCUUUCAUGUGCACUUAUGAUAGGAUUUUAAAAAGGUGCAGCCGGAAAAGCUCACGGACCACUGCUGAUUUUGUCAUGCUUGUUGAGGUUUAGCCUUGUGAAGGAACGUGCUAGCACUUCAUAUGUGUUGUUGAUAUACAGCGUGGGUGGGCAAUUGCUCGAGGGGCCACAUUCUUUCCUGGGACCUAUGUGAGGGGCCACAAGCCUCUGAAUAGAUAAUGGAAAUAAUGUUUUUAAAUGGAAAAUAGCUUGGCAACAGAACAUGUUAAAAAUGCAAAUAUGCUUUUUAGAAAAGUACUUUAUUACAAAGUAUUUUGAUGAAUAUUUUUCUUUCAUUGUUUUGAUGGAUGAAUAAAUACAAAAAUUGUUUUUUAUCUAGAAUUCAAAUAGUAGCUAGAAUUCAAAUAGACCUCAGACCCCAUGAGGGCCGCAUGGAUACAGGCAGAGGGCCGCAUAUGGCCCCCAAGCCAAGAGUCCUGCUUUGCCACAUUGGUACAAAGCUUCACUAGAGUCUCUAAAGGACUGCAGCACUCCAAAUCUAUCUGCGUUUGUGUGCUUGUGCAGAGGGCUGUGUGGACUUUUACUCCCAGUCUUACACUGAGGAUGAGAGUUUUAAGAUGACCACGCCCAGUUGAAUCAUACAAGGGCAGUCUGGAGUGAAUGUGUUCAGCUGAGGGCCACUUAUUUAGGACUCUUUUUUUUGUCAUGGACUAGGUUUCAUGAAACAGUUUCCUGUGUUUCAGAGGCCACUAGGUGGCACUGUCUGCCAUAUAUUCUUUAGCUAUGAAGAAAUCUUUUAAAGAGCCCCAUAUUAUAUUUUUACAUCAAGAGCGCCAUCUACUGAGCUCUGAAAAUUUGGACACUGUUCCAUCAACCCAUCACUUCUUCACUCUUCCGUCUUUCUAACUCACCCAGCUGCAAACCUGGAGGCCAACAACCUUUGAUUUAAGCUGGUGUGUCUCCACCAGAUGUUCCAGGUUGUACACACGGUUGCCUUAAGAAGGUUCUUCAUAAAUCGGCCCCAACUUUGCUCAAAAUAUCCUCCAAAUAAAAUGUCAUCCUUGGGCACAAAGAUUCCAGCUCCUUGUUGUGCACCCUUGUUUCACUGUGUUCACUCGCUGUGGACGUUCAUUUGUUAGCACUGGUGCUCUUCUGCUCCAGAGCAGAAGAUACAUGAAGCUGCUGCCAGAAGACUAAAGGCUGUGGGACUCGGCCGCACCGCCAUUAGUCUGGAGAACAGCUCGGUGCGUAUCUCUCUCCUCUCACCAAGCAACACCUGGCAGACUUUUAAUCGAGGAGUUUUGCACGCCUGCGUUAAACGUGUCUGUAAUUGUGAAUGCAAUUCAACGUCUGCAUCUCAGACACGCAGUGUUCAUCACAGGCCUGUGUUAACAGCUCGUACAUUUUCGUCCAGUGGGAUCCUUGCUUGAAUAUUCCUGUGAUGCUCCUGCAGCCUUUGCCAAAUUCACUUUCAGGUGCAUUUUCCUGACAGAUUUCCUGCCAGCAUUAAAACUUGCUGCACCUCCGAUCCUCAAGAGCCCAACAGUGUCUGUGCAUAUCUUAAUUCUGAUGCAACAAAUCUAACUGCUCACACAAAUUGAUGGGAUUGGCUGCAUUGUUAAUUUAGGAUCUUUAUCGUUUCACUGCUCAGGGCAGGCGUUAAAUAAAUGGUGCGAUUAAGAUGCUCUAUUUUGAAUAUCAAACAAGAUUUCCGGAGAAAUUACACCAACUUUAUUUCUUUAAAGGAAAGAAUAGAAUGUAAUAUUCCAAUCUACAUUUGCUAUGAAAGCAUAGACUGAUAUUAGCUUUCUUCGAGCACCAGCGUUUUUUUGGAAGCUGAACUUUAGCAAGGGCAGAUGGGAAUUCAUCUUUGACCUGUCAAUCCAAGACUCCAUCGCACCAUACAAGACAGCAGGAGAACAGAGUCAGCCCAGUAGACACCGAUGUUAUCCCAAUAUACAAAAGUAAAGAAAAGCUUGGUUUGCAUUUUAUUUCAAACACAAACUGACAAUUAAAGGUGGAAUAUAAGUAUUUUCCAGAGCAACUGAAAAACACAUUAGAUGUUAAAAAGCACAAUAAGAGGUCCCUAAAUGUAUAACAUUUUACAUAUACAGUUCAGCAGCACAGUGGCGCAAUGGUCGCGCUGCAGCCUCUCAGCAAGAAGGUUCAGGGUUUGAAUUAGAAAAUUACUGCUUCUCUCUGUUACUUCAACAGCGAAGUACGUUUUAUCCAUCAUUUCCUUCCUCUUAUUUUUAGUACUAAACAGUUGCCAAGAACCCAGCAUAGCCGCAAUGCAGGAUAGGAGGUCACUACUAUCAAAAUAUCAUGCUUCAAUUGAUAUUUAAUUUACCUUUAAUAGUAUUUUAAAUAACAUUGAUGUCGGCAGGAGGCGGUAGAGUUCGGACAGAGAUUGGAGCUCGCACUUGCAAAUCCUUUGAGAUUUGUGGUUUUAUAAUCCAGACUUCCAGCAAAAUACUGAGCUAUUUUCUCUCCGACACGCCAGCAGAAUGGAACAUAGCUGUAGCUAAUAUGCAUAGAUUAGCAAAAUAGGUGGGGAUCCAAGACUGGGCAUAUUUCUACUCAUGAUAUCAAAUAUUAUAACACACUUAAUACCUGCUAGCUCAGUUGAUUCACGGCCUGCUGGAUGAAUAUAUUCAUGAUAAUUCCUUGCCGCUCUUUCUGACCUUUAUCAUCAGCAGGGUGAAGUCCUAAAUGGCCGCUCGGAUUCAGCAGCAUGUGACAGUCCUCAAUAUACCUCAAAGGUGAGUGAAUGCAAAGGCUUCAAUUAAUUCCACAGGAUAGAUUCUGUUUCACCUCAUAAGGAAAGGACGGCGCGACGACGACUCGCGGUCGUCCCGUGGUUUAUGCGGCGACUGGGGUUUUAAUGUGGGUUAGCUGGCUUGUUUAUGAGAGUUUCUGGGAUGGCAUUUUCACAAGGGCUGUAAAAAUGAGAGGUUUUGCGUGGUAUCUGCGUGAAAAGGUCUCAGGAAUAUUAGAAGUGAAGUGGAAGGUAAAAACCACGUCCAAUGAGGUGCAGGGAUGCAGGACAGGAUAGGGAGGCGUGUUACUCUCCAACACAAACAUACACAAUUAUUAUUGCCGUACAAAUAUGAUCAUUAACUCGAGGGAAAGAAAAUGUGUCAGUCGCUUUUUGUAGUUUCAUUAUGAUGUUGUUAGGAGGGGCAGACGCAUCAUCUCAACAUUCCCUUUUUAGAUUCUCCGUUUUUCAUUCAACAAGGAAUUCAUACCAGCAACUGGGAUAAAAUCAUUGUAGAUUUGUCAGAGGCCUGUUAAUUGUUGCAGAUGGAAAAUAGUAAAAACCAAAAAUACUUAAGGCUGGGCAUGGAAGAAUUCAGGCUCAGCAAUUAUGACUACACACUGUAGAGCAGGGGUUCUUGACCUUUUUGAUCUUGGGGCCCACCUUUCCCAGAACAAAUGGGCCCGGGGCCCAUUCAAUGUAACUGAUUCAUGACUUUUGAUUUCAUUUGUGAUCAAUAACCAUAUUUAAUCUACUUACACAUAAACAAGCCAAAACCUUGUGAAAUGUCAUGAAACCAUGUGAUCAUCCCAAAUAUUUGUCAUCGAAAAGUCCUACCAGCAGCAGAACCAGGUGCAAAUCAUAUUCAUCAAAUUUACUCAAGAAAAAAAGGGAAAAAAAUACCAUUGAUGCAAAAUUUGGAAAAACUACAACAUUCUUAAUAAAACAAAUAUAAUAAAAAUGUCUAAAUAUCAUAAAAUAAAAAUAAUAUAUAUUAUUUAAACUCCAAGGAAGAUAUAAGUAAAGUGUAAAUGAAAGUAUCACAAUAAAAUAAAUUUUCAAAACUGAUUUCAUGAACAGUUUUUACUGUUGGAGGGCCAGCAUCACUUUCUUUAUCAUUUUUCUUUUCAAGAACUUCUCCAUAG